AUGAAUUCUCCCACACUGAGCGCACAAUGUUUCGUGAAGACGUUGGACGGAGUCGAGCUGAAUUGUAUCCGUGCAGGCCCCUCGAACGGGCGGAACGUUCUGUUCAUUGCAGGCUGGCGACAACCAGUAGCGUCCUGGAAGAAGCAAGUCGCUGCUUUCUCGCAAAAGGGGUUCAGAGUCACGGCCUUCGACUAUCGCGGCCACGGCGAUUCUGCGAAGCCAUCGUUCGGGUACACCAUUGCUCGAUUUGGAGCCGACCUGAGAGACGUACUUGUCCAGCUUGACCUCAAGAGCGUCAGUGUUGUCGCACACUCGAUGGGAUCCUCCGUUGUGUGGUCGUUCUGGUCCAAUUUCCCCGAGGAGCGUCAUCGGCUUGAGCGCUUUGCAAUCGUAGAUCAAUCAACGGUUCUGGUACGGAACCCUACCUGGAAUCAGUCAGAGAGAGAAACAUUCGCUGCGGCGCUGUUCAGUCCUGCCGGCGUGUACGAGUUCUGUGCUGUGCUUCCAACAAAACUCGAAGAGUUCAUAAGAUCGAUGUUCAGCGCCGACGUGUCUGAAGACGACUUCACCUGGUUUCUGACGGAGAACAAGAAAAUGAGCAAUGAGAACGCUGCCACUCUCUUGAUCAAUCAUGCUUUUGCAGACUGGAGGAACACGAUCCCGCUCGUCGACAUCCCGACCUUGGUGAUUGCGGGAGAGGCAAGUCUGAAUAAGGCAUCUAGUAUUGUUUGGGCUGCGACACAAAUGCCGAAUGCAAGGCAACGAACUUUCUCAAAAGAAGAGAGGGGCAGUCAUUUCAUGUUCUGGGAAAAUCCUGGUCUAUUCAAUUCUGUGCUCGAAGAGUUCAUCGAUGCACCUGUUGAUUAUGCCCGAAGUCAAAGUGUGAGACGUUAG